GUUCUCCUGCUACUGACCAUAGCACACCAGUCUCUCAGCCAGACCCCACUGGUGCCUACCGUACGGAUGGCGGCGCUCCUUGAUGACCCGUCACAGUGUGGGCGUGGCGAGCGUCUGGCUCUGGCUUUGGCACGGGAGAACAUCAACAGCAUGAUGCAGGGGCCGUCACGAGCACGCGUGGAGGUGGAUAUCUACCAGCUGCACGGAGACUCUCAGUACGACACCACUGAAAUCAUGUGCCAGGUCCUGCCCAAGGGGGUGGUCUCUGUGAUAGGCCCCGCCUCCAGCCCCGCCUCUGGUUCCACUGUUAGUCACAUCUGUGGUGAGAAGGAGAUUCCUCACGUGAAGAUAGGUCCUGAGGAGUCUCCACGGCUACCGUACCUGCAUUUUGCCUCUGUGAGUCUGUAUCCUAGCAACGAGGAUCUGAGCCUAGCCAUUGCUGCCAUGCUGCAGUCCUUCAGCUCUCCAUCAGCUAGUCUGGUCUGCGCCAGAGCCGAGUGCCUACUGCAACUGGAAGAGCUGGUCAGACGCUUUCUGAUCUCCAAGGAGACGCUGUCAAUCAGGAUGCUGGAUGAGGAUCUAGACCCCACCCCCCUGCUGAAGGAGAUCCGAGACCACAAGGUGGCGACCAUCAUCAUCAACGCCAACGCAUCACUGUCCUACCUCAUCCUCAAGAGGGCCUCGGAGCUGGGGAUGACAUCAGCAUUUUACAAGUACAUCCUCACUACCAUGGACUUCGCCCUGUUGAAUCUGGAUGAUAUAGUGGCUGAUCAGUCCAACAUCAUGGGUUUCUCCAUGUUCAACAGCAGCCAUCCUUUCUACAUGGAGUUCAUGCGCAGCCUCAAGCUCUCCUGGAGAGAAGGCUGUGACCAGAGCCCUUACCCAGGACCUGCGCUGUCGUCGGCGCUGCUGUUUGACGCGGUGCACGUGGUGGUCGGGGCGGUGCGGGAGCUCAACCGCAGUCAGGAGAUCGGUGUGAGGCCCCUCAGCUGCAGCUCACCGCAGAUCUGGCAACACGGCACCAGUCUCAUGAACUACCUGCGCAUGGUCAGUGUGUGGAAGAAUGACAUGCGUAGGUCCCGCACAGGAGGCGAGGGACACGGGAGGAAGUGA